ACUUUUCUUUUUUCCUAGAGCGAUGCAGAUCUUCGUCAAGACCCUUACUGGCAAGACGAUCACUCUCGAUGUUGAGUCUUCGGACACCAUCGAGAACGUCAAGGCCAAGAUCCAGGACAAGGAAGGAAUCCCCCCGGACCAACAGCGUCUCAUCUUCGCCGGCAAGCAGCUCGAGGAUGGCCGCACUCUUUCGGACUAUAACAUCCAGAAGGAGUCGACUCUCCACCUCGUCCUCCGCCUGCGUGGUGGCAUUAUUGAGCCCUCGCUCAAGCUCUUGGCCGCCAAGUACAACUGCGACAAGAUGAUUUGCCGCAAGUGCUACGCCCGCCUCCACCCGCGUGCUACCAACUGCCGCAAGAAGAAGUGCGGUCACACCACUCACCUCCGCCCCAAGAAGAAGCUGAAGUAAAUCGUUCGCCUCCGCUCACUAUCCGCCCGUUGGCUCUGCGGAUAUUCUGCGACGGUGUUACGAGGGGAGUGUUGUUUUUCCAUGUAUAUGCUCCUUUUUGUUUCUGCGUGGAUGGAUGUCCUAUUUCCUUGUUCUUCCAUUCAAUCUAAACCGAAUGCUCUGAUA